AUGAUCAAACUCCGUUUAAUCUUGGUUGUCAUUAUGGUUUUUGCAAUUACUAUCGCUGUUGCUCUACCAACGUAUACUAUUGGUGAUCCUGAUGAUGCGCGAAACACCAUAAUUUGCAAAGGCAAAGACAGAAGGAGAAAGUUAUGUCCAAUCCUCAUUGGAACUGACGGUGGUUACGGAAAUACUAAUAAUGGUAAAUCGCCGUCCGAAGACCUCGUAGAAUGA